CAGUAGUCGCGUGAAGCUGGAGGUCGCAAGACGUAUCGCGUUGAGAAAAUUUGACCAACAAGAUGAGACUUGGGCGCAGUGCGUUCAUAACCGGGUUAUUGCUAGUGUUUGGUGUAUUCCACGUGCACGGUGAUGAUACAUGCCCGGUAUAUUUGACCUUAUCGUCACUUUCGAGACACAUCGAGGAUGCAUCGCUAGUGAUCAAUUGGGGUCCAGAUUGUGAAACACCUCCCGACUGGAUAGGACUCUACACGGAGAAUCCAGCGUUAUCGAAUGCUCCUCCAGCGAUCAAAGUUCUGGUGGAAGGACAGACGUCGGGUGAAAUCGUGACGGAACUCAAAUUCGGUAAACAGCGUCUCCCAGGAGGAUGGAACUACGAUGAAGUCCUUCGCCAUAUCCCGAAGCGUCGGGCAAAACCCUUGUGUUUCGACUUCUAUCUGGUCAGUCACGACAAGAACAACGAACUUCAAACCUUCGAGUGUCUCAAGAUCCAACCGAAUUGGAUGUUCACCGAACGAGGCAUUGGAAACGUUUCCCUGAAGGACCUGUUCCUUCCGGGAACUCAUUGUUCUGCAUGCUACCAAACCAAGGCCAACGUCAACCACAUUUUUCUGAAACGGGUCGGUUUCCGUCAGGACCUGAAUAUCUGGACCCAGCUGGUGUACGGCAUUCGUUAUUUGGACUUCUCCGUCGGAUACCAUCCUUCACAUAAUGGAACGCGCAACUUCUGGAUUAUGAACGAAAGCUACCGGGUAGGUUGGAUCGUUCCGAUCCUACAUGACAUCCGCCGUUUCGCGAUCCUUUCCGAGGAGACCUUAGUUCUGGACUUCCGACGAUUCCCACUUGGAUUCCACAACCACCCGGAGCAACACAAUGAAUUUCUGCAGAUUCUGGACCAGGAGCUGGGUGACCUGAUCUACCGCCGACCGCGGUUCGGAGAUGAUGAAAAUGAUGACACCGAGUCCUACCAACUCACGAUCGACCAGAUGCGACGGGAAGGAAAGUACAUCCUCGUUACGUACAACCACGAGGCCAGUUUGAACGCAUCCGAUCUCAUAUGGGCACCGUGGAAGAAGCAUUCGAGCUCGUUCCUCAAACACACCGAGCUGGGCGAGUUCAUGAAGAAUCUCUUCUCCCAAAAGCAUCCGGAUGCACCGAAGGACAUCGGUUGGAACUUCCACGGCAUUCAGGGCCUGCAGAGCAGCUACUCCUCCGAGGAGAAGUAUAUGAUGCCAAAAGAGCGUGCCAACCUGAUCAAUCCGAAGCUGAUGAAGAUGCUGGGCGGACCGUGGAGUUUGCGGGCCAAUGCUGUCCUGCUGGAUUACUUUACCAAUACCAAUUUGAUCGAUAUGGCGGUGCAUGCGAAUCGCUACAAGACACUGAAGAGCCUGGGCGAGGAAGUGGUAGUUUUGGAUAUCCAAUGAAUUGAU